AUGGAGUGCCCCUUGAAGAGUGUUGAGGAACUUAUUGACCACGAUAAUAGAUGCUGGAACAAGGAGGUGAUCGAUCGUUUUUUCCACCCCACUGAUAGGGCUGCAAUUUAUAAAAUUCAGCUGAGUUACUUCAAUAUCGAAGAUCGGCAAAUUUGGGGUGUGUCUAAGCAUGGUGAUUUCUCAAUAAAAAGUGCUUAUCAUCACCUCAGUGAUCUUAAGGCUGCUAAUCAGAGGGUAGCUGCUUCUUCUUCAAAGGCACGUCCUUGGGAGGAGACACCAAAGGAGAGGCGAAUACCAGUGGAUAGUAUGUGUCCUAGAUGUGGCCAAGCAGAGGAGACCAAUGAGCACAUCUUGCUUACCUGCCCAUUUGCGCGAAGGGUUUGGUUUGGUAGUGUUCUAUCUCAUAGAGUGUCGGAUGGUGAGGAGAUUCAGUUGCAUCAGUGGAUUAAAGAGUGGUCUGCAUUUACAUCACAGGGUAAAAGAGCAGUGGGGGAGACGCGCACUCUAAUUUCCUUCAUUCUGUGGCACUUGUGGAAUGCAAGGAAUGAUCUAUUGUUUAGUAGGAAAACAUGGACAGCGGAGGAGGUGAUUGGAAGGGCUCACAUGGCCCGCGGGGAAUUCCUUAAUGCUUCUAAAAAUCUAUCUUCCCCUUCAUAUGUGGCAGGCCUGGCUACACCAGUACAUUGGGCGCCACCCCCUGUGGGCACCUUUGCGCUAAGCUGCGAUGCUUCUCUCUCAGAGGACGGUGGUCGAAGUGGAGUAGGCUACCUUAUUUGGGAUCACACUGGCACCUGUCGGAUUGCAAUCUCUGACCCCCAGUGUUUCAGCAAAGCUUUAGUUGGAGAGGCUUUAGCGAUCCGGCAAGGUCUUCUGGAGGCCAUCUCGGAGGGUUUCCUGAAGCUUCGAGUGGAGAGUGACUGCCAAACGCUCGUCUCAGCCAUACGUAAGCCGAUUACAUCAUCACACCUAUCUAUUCGACCAAUUGUUGAGGACAUUCAUUUCCUUGUCUCUUACUUUGAUGACUGUACUUUCCAGUUUAUUCCAAGGGCGGCAAAUACUAUUGCAGACGCCCUUCCCAGGAGGGCACGGUCCGUUGCGGGUAGGACUGUUUAG